GGUGUGCGCACACAGGUGUGGAGGCAGACUUCACUUGGGAUUCCGCCCCCCGCCGCCGCCGUCGCCGCCGCACUCCUGACUCGCAUCGUCACACAGCCGCUCCAAGUGGACUUGACGAUUCGAAGCGCUCACCCCUUUGCUCGCGACAAGGUGACCCGUCAUCCCGCCGAGCAGCAAGCAGCACCUGUGUGUCUGCCCUUGCGCCCCGUCACCUGUGCACAGGCCGGAGGCGUCGCGCCGCUUGCCCCCAUGGCGGACGUCUUCCCCUGCGGUCUCCUGGAGGCCCUCGUGGUGGUGGGGGCCAGCGAAGACUCGCUCUCACAGUGCCUGCGUGCCCAGGCGGCGGCUGGCGGCAACUCGGCCCUGCGGCAGCACCCGGAGCCGGUCAUCCUCAACAUCCUCGCUCCGCCCUUCGUCGCCAAGGAGGCGGCGGCGCCCCGGCUGGCGACGGCACCGCCCUUGCAGCGGAGCGCCGGCUUCACGAGGUCCCAGAAGCGCCGCUCGUUCCGCAAGCCCAAGAGCAGCCGCCUGUCGAUGUCGGGCGGAGGGCCCGAGGCGGGCGGGCACGGGGGUGGCGGCGGCGCGAGCCACACCCAGCCGGUCAGCGUGCCCCGCGAGCUCGACUUCAACGGCCUCCCCUCGCUCUGCUUCCCAGAGGGCCUCCGCGUGCAGAGUGAGGAGGAGGAAGCCUCCUUCCACUACCUCGUCUUCACCGACAUGAGCGGGAAGAGGACGCACGGCGUCGUGCUCACGCACUCACGGCGCCUACAGGACACGGGGCCGCUGCCCUGGGCAUCCAACGGCUCGCUCAGGCAACCGGGACAGAGACGGCUGGGCAGGCCCGGGAAAAGCCCCUACUUGCCAUACGCCAUCUGUGUCAUCUCCAAGUCGCCUUACUACACGGUUCUCCGGGACUGCCUCUCCUGCCUGCUCAUGGAGCUGCAGUCCACCAAGGACUCGCUGUUUGAUGACCGGAUCGCUGACUUUGCAGCGACGCUGGCUCUGGUGCCCUGCCCGCCCCCGGGAGUUCUUCACGUGAGCCUGAUGCUGCGGCCGCUGCAGAUGAUCCUCACUCCGCCCUCCGAGCCGGGGGAACCAGCGAUCGACGUGGACCUCCGUCUUCCCUUCCUGUGUUUCAGUCCCAGCCAGGUGUUGCAGAUCCUGACGUGCCUCCUCACGGAGCGGCGGGUGGUGCUGCUGUCGCCGGAGCUGUCCCUGCUGACGCCAUUGGCGGAGAGCCUCCUGCACCUCCUGCGGCCGCUGUCCUGGCGGCACGCCUACGCGCCCGUGCUCUCGGCGGGCAUGCUCGACUUCCUGGAGGCGCCCACUGUCUUCCUCAUGGGCUGCCACUCCCGCCACCUCUCCACCGUCGACAGGGUGGAGGACCUGGUGCUGGUGAACGUGAGCACCCGGCGGAUCUUGGCCUCGCAGGCAGACGCCCUCAUCGACGUGCCCAACGCUCCCGGCGCUGCCCAGCAGCAUUUCCUGUGCAGUGUGGAGGCGCUGAACCUGCACUACGACCUGGCGGGGCUGUCGCGCAGCGCCGGCGGCAGCCUGGCGGAGGCGCGCGAGCGGCGUCGCCUGUGGCAGCAGUCGCUGCACGCCGAGCUGCGACGCGCAGCCCUGCGCUACGUGGUCGACCUCUUCCGGGACGUCAAUCAGCACCUGAGCUACGAGCACCGCGUCUUCAACAGCGACGAGUUCCUCAAGUCGCAGGAGCUGAUGGACCUUCCCUUCUACACCAAGGUGCUGGAGACGGACAUGUUCAAGUGCUUCCUGAAGGAUCGACUCAGCAGGAAGAUGGACGCUUUCUCCAGGCUUGAGCAGAUCACCCGCUCGCACGCGCACAGGCUGAAGCACGAGAUGGUGGACGCCCCGCGCAAGCUGACCGUGGGCGAAGUGGCGAGCAAGAGCCAGCAGCUGAAUCGGCGCGUGGCGAUCAGCAUGCCCAAUCUGCGGGAGCCGCACGCGCAGAACCAGUACUUCUGGCGGGAUGGCUCCGUGCGCUCCGCCUCCGCAACCUGUGAGACGGAUGGCGCUCGGGGGGACAUGAGGCGGUGCGAGCCGCCGCCGACGUUCUGCCUGCCGCCCUUCCCGAGCCGGCCGCAGCACGGCCCGGCCGUCGCCAGCUACUACGGCGAGUGCGCCGAGAAGCUCACCCUCGCCAUCAACUUCACGCAGACCGGCGCCCAGGUGUCCGGCAUCUCGUCUGCUCCGGCCGCACCGCCGCCGCCGGCGCCCCCUGCUCCUCCUCCGCCGCCGGCGGCGGCACCCGGGCGGGAGUUGCGCGCCCGCGGCGACAGCUCGGCGCUGCUCGCCUCCUACCACUACCUGCGCGGCUGCGUGUACGCCGCCGCAGGGCGGCCCGUGGACGCGCUGGCCGAGUUCGCGUCGCUGGCACGCUGCGACGUCGCCGUGCUGCCGCGCGCCGCCGCCGCCGAGCUGCUGGCGGCGUUGUCGGACGAGGAGAGGCGCCAGGCGGAGCGGCGGCCCGAGCUGCGCCGGCUGCUGCAGGAGCUGUCCGCCGUGGUGGCGGUGCGCAGCGUGCAGGCCGCCGCGACGCUGUGGAGGCAAGAGAGUGAGGAGCGCGUCAAGAACUUCGCCCUGCCCAGCAAGCACCUGCAGGAGGAGGAGUUCGUGCGCUGCGUCCAGGAGUCGGGCAUCGUGCGCGAGGAGGGAACCAUACGCCGCCUCUUCCAAGCGCUCACGCUCAGUCAGCAGAAGCAGGUGGAUCCGGACACUUUCGCCGCGUUCUACCAGGCGUGGAAGGAGACCGAGCAGGAGACCCUGGAUCUGGAUCUGCCCUCGGGCGUGGUGGAGCGGCUGGAGCGCAGCGAGUGCGUCUACAAGGUGUCGGCGUCAGUGAAGACGAGCAUGGGGCAGGGCCGCCUCGCGAUGACGCAGCGGCGACUCUUCCUCCUCGCCGAGGGCAAGAACACCUACCUGGAGGUCGGCGUCUUCCGGGACAUCCAGGAGGUGGACUCGGUGGCCGUGACGUCGAUCUUCCCUCCCAAGAUCGCGGCGCUGCGCAUCAGGACGACGUCGCGGCGGGACGAGCCCUUCGUGGCGAACCUCAAGGCGGAGCGCGACCUGUGGCAACUCAUCGUGCAGGAGAUGUGGCUCGGCAAGCGCAUGGCUGACCACCACAAGGACCCCCAGUACUUGCAGCAGGCGGCGACCAACGUGCUGCUCAUGGACGCCGUUGUGCAGUGCCUGCACUCGCCCAAAGCCAUCUUCGCUGCCUCGCGCCUCGCCUACUUCACCUUCGAAUACAAGAACGUGUCUCAGACGAUCCCCAUCAUGACGUCAGAGACGCUGAGACACAAGAUCAACCCUUCGGCCGGACUCCCAGCGCCAGAGGCUGUGGAUGCGCUGCUCUACACGCCCGGGGUUCAGUUCCCGGGGGACGACCGGGACGACCAGGCGCACGGGACGCUGUGGUGCGCCGUCGGCUCUGGCCGCAUCACCGCCUUCAACGCUACCUCCUGGGUCAUCGAGCAGCACUGCAUCCAGGCCGGGCGCGCGCGUGUGAGCUGCAUGCUGGACGUGGAGCGCAAGCAGGUGUGGGUGGGCUCGGUGGACAGCACCAUCUACAUCCUGGACAUGCAGAGCCUAUCCUGCAACAAGCAGCUGAGCGAGCACCGCGACCAGAUCACUGACAUGGCCCUGUCGCGGCCCGACCGCCGGCUCUCGCAGGUGAUCUCGAGCAGCCUCAACGGCCAGGUGGUGGUGUGGGACGUGGCGACGCUGCAGGUUCACAGCCAGUUCAAGAUCCCCGACUGCAAGAGUCUGCUGUCCAUCCAGCUCAUCGAAGGCUCCCUCUGGUGCUGCCUGGGUCACAGUGUGCUCCAGACGAGGCUGGACGGGCAUCGGCUGUUCAGCGUCACCGCCGAGGGACCAUUGCAGUCGUUCAGCUGCUUCACAGUCUUCCCCGAGAGGCAGCAGCUGUGGACGGCGUCGAGCCGCCGCGGGGAGCUGCUCGUGUGGAGCACGGCCGGCGGCGCCGGGGAGAGCGACGCGCUGGCGCUCGCAGGGUGCACGGCCGUCUCCUGCAUGCUGCGCAUCAAGGAGCAGGUGUGGGUGGGCGGCGUUGGCGAGGCGCACGGCCGGAGCAGCGUGGGCAAGCUGUACGUGGUGGACACGCAGCGGGCCAGCGUGGAGCGCGAGCUGCUGGCACACUCGCUGGCGCCCGUGCGCUGCCUCUGCUCCGUGGAAGACCGCUACGUGCUCAGCGGCUCGGGCAAGGAGGACGGGAAGGUGGCCAUCUGGCAGGUCAUCUGACGGGGCCCGCUGCCAAGCCCGGCUCGCCGGCACCUGCGGCUGGAGACGGGACGGGAGACGGGAGGGGGGAGGGCCUGGAAUGGGGGUUACACGGAACGAGGAUUCAUUAAACGACGCAUUUCUGGAUUUUUCAUCCUCACAGCCAGCGGCUUUUGGCUCGCCAUCGAACAAAGACGGUCACUUGCAUCGCACGCUUUCAGAUGGUUAUCCACGGCCGUCUGGAACACUCAUCCCUCCGAUAUUAAGAAGCCACUGGAGCUAUGCACUUUUAAAUCAUUCAGAUUGAAAACUCAUUUCUUUAGAACUGCCUGUUGUGUUUAGUUUGUUGUCCUUCACCCCGCACCUCCGAUGAGCAUCGUUGGCUACGUUCGGUGUGAAAGAAGUUCAACAUACAUAAUGGUUUAACACGUAGGCCGGAGAGAGCGGUGGCCAAGUGGUUAGCGCGCUGCGCUACAAACCCAACCACGGUGGAAAAACCAGUCCCGGGCCGACCCUAUGUCGCGACUGGGCAGAGAGACAAAGGUGGCAGGAAAUGGUGCUGUCCACCCCAUUCCCUCGUGUGCCGUGCCAGCCUUCAUAGGUGCUCGCUAACAGCAUUUUUACCCCAACAGCAUGUUAUAGGCUACAGGGUGAACUUUUAUAUAUAUACGUGUGUGUAUGCCUUUGAACACUGAAGGAAAUUAAAGGGAAAGAAAACAAAACUAUUCUUAAAAUGUUAAUAAUUUAUGCACUGGCCUCGGUCGAGGUCACAAAAUGGAACAAAGCCUAUUUAUUAUUCUGCGGUGUUGAGUCAAAAAAUAAUAAUUUGUACAUGCCCAUGGUGUUGUUGUGUGAAAACAAGAAGGUUAAUGAAGCCGUUGUGUUGCAAGUUCAUGGAGUGCUCUUAAUAAAGCGAUGAAAUGUGAAAUACA